AUGAAGGCGCAGCUUAAUGUCCUGUGCGACUUGCCUGUGUUAUACCGCAAAGUUUUAGAGGUUGGAGAUUCAUCACAUACGUCGUGGGAUGAGCCAAAUCACCACCAAGGGAGUUACUACAAGUGGUCGGCCUUGCCACUACACGGGCCUGUUUUCCAGUCUCUUUGA